AUGUAGUAUUUUGCUCAUUGUUGAACUGUCUCUAUUCAUUGUUAUUGUUCGACUUGUGCCUAACUGACAAGGGAAGGAAGCUCUAUUGGCUCGUGUCUUCCCCCGGCUGCAUGCGAUGUGCAGAUCAUGGGUUGGCCAAACCCCCGAGCACGGCAGUGUAGCAGCGUUUCCUCUUUGUUGAGACCGAAUGUCACCACUUCCUUUGACGUUUUUGAGCGGAUGUUUUAUUCUUGCAUACAUUACCCCUUAUUUCGUCAUGCGAUGGGGUUUCACUGGAAAUAAGCGACGGAAACACGCUCCCAGCAGGCUUGAGACGAGAUGCAACCGCCAUGUCUUGCGAUCCGUCUGAGGUGUCAAGCGAAACUUCUGCCGACCUUGAGGUCACCCUUGAACCGGGGGGUGGUGGCAUCAGAGAGGAAGAAGACCUGAGCCUGCUGCGGCCUUCGCGGGGAAGUCGACAGGCGCCAGGGGAAAAGCGAGACAACAAAAGGAGGCACGUGAACUGGCCGCACAGUGAGUCACAUCAUGUAAACGUGCAUUUCCCGAAGCAUCUCUCCAACUCAGAGUUACCACUGCUCUUAGAAAACCUUCUUCGACAAGAGGGGCAACAGCAGCUAUGGCGUUUUGUGACGAUCGUUACGCAUGAGGUGCGCCAGGCGUGGCUUCGCGAUCUGCGUGAUGCUGAGCGCCGCCACAAAAGUGCGUCUGUCUCGGAAGACGUGGAGGAGAAUCCUCGCAAUCUCUCCGAGUUGUUGGCUGUCGAAAAACUGAUGAGUAUUGCGCCACACACCUGUGUGUUGUGCAUGCCAUCGGAAAUUAUCACACACUCUGAACGGGUGCACCGACAACGCGCCCACGGUGGCUUGGACGCAGAAGAGCAGCAAGGAAAUGCCCAGGACAGGAGUCCGUACAGGCGCAUGCUGCUUCUUCCUCUCUACACGUCUUCCGACCUCGUCAGGGAGGCUGUUAGCGAGCCCAGGCUAAGCCACGUAGCAGCAAAUGCUACACACACAAGAAGCGAAAUCGAAGAUCUUCCCCGCCGGUUGUACAAUCUGAUGCGCGAAUUGAAGUGUGAGGCGCGAAUCGUUUGUGUUCUGGAAGGCGUUCGAGCUGCUCUCACCAUACCGCAGCCGCACGUUACGACAACAGCUCUGUUCUCUGAUGGCUUUCAAGCUGGCUGCUUGGACAUGCCCAGUUCUGGGAGGCUGGACGCUUGUGGCUCUCCGGCUCUUGCGGUCGGAUCACAGCUCCCGGGUGACACACUCACUCCAGGAAGCGCAGGAGGAGAGAACGCGGAGUCGAUGCCUGUUUCUUGUUCGUUUUCUGCAGAAAAUCUCGAUGAGUUAAUUUGCAUGCUCCUCAUCGACUGGGGUAUAGACACGCAGGAGCCCCUCAACCCCGCUGGCACUGCAGUGUUUCUCUUAGGGGCAGUGAAACAACUCCGUACAGCGUCCCAGCUGUCGGCGUUGCCUGUUGACUUGCAGCAGAGACCGAAGAAACGCAGGCAAAUGUCCCUGGCCUCUGCCGCAAUUGUCAACAAACUUGCGUCGGACGGUCCUCCAGUUUCUUCCGGGUCGGGACUCUCGCACGAUGCGUCGUUCGCCGUGCCUCCACCGUCGCCUGAAAGAGAAGCCUCGGCAACUUCCUACGCUGGAAACGACUGGGACGACAUCGAGCGAACUGAUGAACAAGGGCAACAGGAGAGGGGAGCGAAAAUGUCCAGCUCCCACCACGUCUGGACCUUUGCAUGUCGGUUGUGGGCGGAGCAGCUGAUGCAAAUUGCAGGUGUUACAGAUAAAGUUGCCAGUGCCGUUAUUUGCCGAUUCAGGAGGCCAGCGGCGCUACUAGCUGCCCUUCAAACUGCUGAGGCCAGGAGUAACAGACCGAGUGAGCUGGUUGGGGAAGAGCAUGACUCGCACGGAUCUACGCGUUCGUUCAUACGCGGAAAAAGGAGUGGGCACGAGGCAAAAAAACAGUCCAGAGGUUGUCGACGGAAAACUGUCACAAAUGAAGGUCUGAUGGAGGUCGUCAAUGAAAUGGCUAAUCUGAAAGCGCCUUCCGCCUUCACCGGCUCGGCAAGGACACAAGCAGGGGCGACAGUUGUGCCUAUUCGUGCGUUGAAAAUCGGAAGAGCUAGAGCCGAAAAAAUCUGUCGGCUUUUUCAAGAACACGUGGACAGCAGAACUAUCCUUUAGGGACGACGAAGGGAGCCCACGAGUCAUCAUUCCUCAACGUUUUUAAGAAACAUCAGGAGCGACAGAAUAGCGUUUACAACGUGGGGGAAGCUCUGAGCGAACAUAUGUGA